ACAUGUGGACGUUAUUGUAGGAAAUGCCGUGUGUGCGUGUGUUUGUGUACACUGUUUGAGGGUGUGAACACUGCUCUGCCGACCCACCAGUUCCUCCCAGUGGCUUGUCAGGAUUAGCGUGAGUGUGUGUGGCGCAUAAGAAGAUGUUUGUUAAGGAAUACGCUCACAAAACUGUACAGGUCCCCCAGCCGCGUCGCCGACAUCUGUGCCCUGCCGUGAGCCGCCUGCCGCCCUGGAUUACUACCAGAGAACCCGGGCCUGCUUCUCUGUUCUGAGGACGCCGGCCUGUCUACGACGCCCCCGUCCUGGGGACGUUCCUUCACUAUCCCGCACCAGCCGUCUGGGAUUCCCCCAUCCCCCACCCUCCUUUUCGUCCCAUAUAACCCCCCCCCUCCCAUCCCCUACCCAACUAUCCCUCCUUCAGCCGUCCCAGACCCGGGAUCUCUGGAGGAAGUCUCGCCCUGUAGAAAGGAAUCGUUGCGGGUUUACUGCAGAAUCUCCCCUCCGGCGGCUCCCUCAAGACGCUAGCGUGGGAGAGGUCGUUGAGAGGAGUGUUCAGUGGCGGUGUAGUAUUAGUCUGUGGGAGGGGGGGGCAAGUAAGUGGUCUCCCACGUAGAGGCGUAAGUGGUCUCCCACGUAGAGGCGGAGUAGUGAUGAUGGCCGUGUCAGUGGUGGCUGCGCCGGCAGGUCUCCAGUGAAGAUGAAAUAUACAUCUUUAUCACAAACUGUUGGACCAGGCUUGGGCACUUAGCAGUAGGUGGGUGUAUAGUGGGGUGUAUAGUGGGGGUGUAUUGUGUGUGUGGUGUAUAACGUGUAUUAUAAGCUGGAAGACAGGGACUUCUUGUAUAUAGCCAAGUCUGGAACAUGCCAGCCUUGAGGUGAUUCUCACUUCCACCCUGUUCCUGACCCCAGCCUCCUGACCCCUGUCGCUCAACUUGACCGCCCUCUCCUAGCUGGCCUCCUGACCUCACGAUGGACACCCUCCACGCGCCCGCUCCCGCCCCCGCCCGCGAGAAGGCGGUCAACGGGGGCCACGCCCAUGUCAUCACCUCCAUCAACUCGCCGCUACUGCCGCCCAAGGUGGCCCACCACGUCCCCCCGCCCGCCCACACCCACAUCCCGCCCACACACAUGGCAUCGCCCCUCCUCAGGCACCGAACGCCCCUCCCCGCACCGCCACUCAUUGCCCACCAGCAGCCGCCACCGCCGCAGCCGCCGCCGCCGCAGCGCCCUCCACCACAACGUCCUCCACCACAGCGUCCUCCACCACAACGUCCUCCACCACAGCGCCCUCCACCACAGCGCCCGCCACCUCCCACGCCCACAAACUCACCAAGACCCGCCCCGAAGGAUCCACCUCCCGCCGCCCACUCCUCACCUGCACUAGGUGAGCGAAGUGCCAGCAGUGGAGAGAGUGAGGGCGGCGGACCCGACCCGCCCAAACACGGGGCUCCCAAUGGCCGCGUAUGUGGCACCCCGAAGGAGGAGGACUCCUCGGACACCGACAUGGAGAUCAAGAGUCUUGACCUGACCGCACGCGUGAGCCUACGGGAGCGUGAGGGCCCAGAGAGAGUGCGGCCCAUGUCGUGGGAAGGGGAGCUCUCCGACCCCAUCCUCACCAAGCAACCUCCACCACCUCCACCUCAGGAGGAACAGAUGCGGGUCGACCCUGAGGAACCCAUGUCCCCCAUGUCCCCUAUGUCUCAGGGCUCGGACCACGACCACGAGAAACCCACCGUCAGACAGGUGAAGGUAGAGGAGUGUUGUGACGAGGGCACGGUGUUCUCCUCGCAGCCAGCUCCACACACUGACUCCCCGGUACCUGCCAGAAGUGACUCCGGGUGCGAGGUUCACCCAGGGCCCUACACGCCCAGUCAGAGCCCCCUGCUGCCACGCCUCCACCCUCACACCCACUCCCCAACCCACCUCUACUCUCCGACACAGUCGCCAGGACCCAGCAGACACGUCUCGGGCUUCUCCUCCCCCUACAGCCACACACCGUCAACAGGACUGAGUCGCAACAACAGCGAUGCUUCUCAAUAUGGCGGCUCCUAUAACAGCUACUCCUCAGCCCCUUCACCUAUAUCCCCAACACACUACUCUCCCUCUCAGUCUCCUAUCCAACAACGGCAUAUCAACUUCCCAAUGCCAACUCAUCAGUCGCCCAACCUGGGUCGUGUGCCACAAUAUCCAGGGGCAGCUCCUGGGGUACUUUAUGGUGCACCCCUUGACCUUCGAGACAGCCACAGUCUCAUAGGUCACCCAGACUCCUCCAAGGACCCUAAAGAUGAUGACCGGCUAACAACAGAUCUAGCACAACACUCUGUGAUAGCAGCACAGUCUGGCAUCACCAGGCAACAACUUAUCAACAGCCCGUGUCCCAUCUGCGGAGACAAAAUCUCAGGCUUCCAUUAUGGCAUCUUCUCAUGUGAAUCAUGUAAAGGGUUCUUCAAGAGGACGGUGCAGAACAAGAAAAAUUACGUCUGCAUGCGGGGUGCUUCUUGUCCAGUCACAACCAGCACUCGAAAAAAGUGUCCAGCCUGUAGAUUUGACAAGUGCCUGUGUAUGGGUAUGAAACUAGAAGCCAUCCGUGAAGACCGUACACGUGGCGGGAGAAGUACAUAUCAGUGUGCGCCUUAUCCUCUUCCACCUACGUUAGUGACACCUACCACCUCUGCACAUCAUUUUGAUCCACAGAGGCUUCCUGAUGCCACUUCAGUAAAAGCUGAACCUUCUGACAGUGAUGAACUUAAACACUCACCAUCUAAUCAGAAGAGACCAAUACCUUUACUCUUGCAGCAAAUCCAUGAUGUUGAGCACUUAUGGCACUGUAGUGAGAGUGAGAUGGCAGAGUUACGACAGUCUGAGCAGGCAGCUCGCCAGGCUAUGGAAAACAAUUCGCCAGACUUCCUGAACAACUUGUGCCACAUUGCAGACCAUCGACUCUACAAGAUUGUCAAGUGGUGUAAAUCUCUUCCACUUUUCAGGCACAUUACGAUUGAUGACCAAAUAUGCUUGCUGAUCAACUCCUGGUGUGAGCUGCUACUCCUCUCUUGUUGCUUCCGUUCUAUGGAUUCCCCAGGUGAAAUCAGAGUCAGCUCAGGUCGCACCAUGACCUUACAACAAGCAGAGGUCAUGGGUAUAGGACCAUGUAUCGAGCGUAUGCUCAAUUUAACCUAUCAGCUAAGCCGCCUUCAGGUCGACAAGUAUGAAUACAUGGCCAUGAAGGUCAUUGUUCUCCUGUCUUCUGAUGUCUCAGGGCUACAAGAGGGGGAGAAGGUUCGGGACUCCCAAAAGAAGGUGGUCCAAGCGCUGCAAGAGUAUACACUCACGCACUAUCCACACUUGCCUCCGAAGUUCGGAGAACUUCUCCUCCGCAUCCCCGAACUUCAGCGCACGUGUCAGGCGAGUAAGGAAAUGCUCUCUAUGAAGAAGAAGGAGGGAGAUGUGCCAAGUUUCAAUUUCCUCUUCGAGCUACUAAGAGGGGACCAUUAGUUAAGGUUGGAGUGCAACCUCGUCUUCAGCGUCAGUUGCUGCAUCUCCCUCAGGUAUGCAUCAUCUCUUCGGGUUCAUAAUAUGCCAAGAUGCGGAACAUUGUCAAGAAAACUACCGCACAUAAAGGACCAAUUCAAUUUACUGCAACAGUGAGAUAGGAUAUGUAGUUUAUGAUUCCGAAGUGAUGAUAUCCCCAUGGCUGUGACAAGUGGACGUCAAUUACUCAUCCCACCUUGUGUACUCAUUCAUCACCAUGCAAACAAAACUCAUCUGGAAUAUGUAAAUCUAUGAAUCUGUAAAUUUAAAUAACUCAAGGAUAGAUUUUCUAUUAAAUAGAUAUCACUACUUACAUAAUUCCUAGAUACCAAAUGUAAUUAGAAUUUCCAAGUGAGACUACUGGGUAGAUUAGAAAAAAUAUAUUAUGUAUGACAUGAGUUACCUUUUGUUGAGUGAAUGCGUCCACUGCCAGUAUACCUGAUGGGAGAUCUCCAAAGGCUGUGGCAUGGACUCGAAGCUACACACUGUCUUCCAGUGGAUAUACUCUCAGAAGCAGUAUUUUUUUAGCAUAUCUCCCCCCAUGCCAUGUGUCCAGCGUCGCCUGUUGCUGCUGUUACCUCUGGUGUCUCCUCUCACUACCUGAAUGUCCAAAGAAUGUGAUUGAAUCUGGUUUGUUUGAGUGCACAUUUGCAUAUUUAUUUUUAAUAUAGCAACCGGUGCAUAUUGUUACCUUUACUUUUAUGGCUAGUCUCGGCUCUCUCUGUAGAUAGAGCUAGACGACUUUUUACCAUAAUUUAUCUGAAGUUAAUAUUUAUUUUAUUUAGAAUUAUUAUUUUUAUUUUUAUCAAUAUUAUUUUUAUUUUAUUAUCAAUAUUAUUUUUAUAUUUUUUUUUCUUAAAUUGAGGAGUGUAUUAUGGAGGCUAUGGUGAGAGGAAGCAGCAGUGUGUUGACUUGUGGUAGCAUUGGUGGAGCAGCAGCAGCAAUAGAGGUGCCAGAAGCCUCCUCAGACUAAAACUCUCUAAUGCAAAUUGAUGCAUCAUAAAACAAAAUUUCUCCUCAGUUUUUUGUAACUUGAAAUAGGUCAUUUUUAUUUUAUUUUAAUAAAUGCUUUAAUGGCAUACGAUUGCCCGUUGACUGACAGUAUUGGACACCUACUAGUCAUUCGACAGUCACAUUAUACCACUAAAGUUUUAAGUUUUAUAAAGAUUGUGCAUAAAUUCUGGCCUAAGGCAGUUUAUGAAGGAACCCCCAGUGAUAAUCGAGUCAGUGGUAUUAGAGAGCUCUGGUCUUUGUGUGGCUGUGUGAAUCUGUGACAAUUCCACGGUGCUGAGGAAUUGUGCAACAUGAUCACGACGGGAGGGUGUUGAAGGAGUGCCAGAGAGGCUGUGGGGUUCUGUGGCUACCUAUUACAUGUUUCACUACUUGCCUCUACUUUCUCAUCAGCCACUAUUUUUCAUAUACUUUUGAUAACCAGUACACUCUGAAAAUCAGAUUGAAAUACUCUUACAUGAUAGGGUUGAAAAUCAUAGUACAGUAGUAAUCUAUUUUAUAUACAUGCGUUUGUAUGCAUACAGUGCGUGUGUGUAUAAUAAUAUAUAUAUAAUGUGUGAUAAAGUUCAAGAGCAAAUAUAAUACUGUAUUAUACAAACAUUAUGGGUUACAAAACUGAGGCAUUAUAUGAAUGCAUGCAUGCCUCUUGUGUAAGACUCUUAAAAAGAGUAUAGUAUAACAUUAUCCCUUCUGAAGUGCAUAAUAUGUUAUUUAUUCAAGUCAUUCCUUUGCAUUUGUCUAACACUGGUUCUUUGAGGCAAGUCAAAAUGAUCAAAUGUAUCCCAGCAGUCAGGUUACUUGACUUGCAACCAAAUAGUCCCAGGUUCAAUUACAUACAGGACAAGAUGUUUGGGUAUGUCUUUAUGCCUUAUGCCUCUGUUCACCUAAACAGUAAACAGACACCUAGAAGUUAGUCAGCUGUUAUAGAUGGCCUAGGGGAACAUAGACAACCCUAACAGGCUUUAUAUCCCCAACAGUAAGAACCUAUUUAAGAACACUGGGUUAGCUGAGGUAAUGAAGCAGAUCUGUGGUGUGGCCAGGAAUUGUGAGAAGUGCCACACACACUACAACAACAAUCACCCUUUAAUUAACAAAUUUCGAAUACCAGGCAUGAAUUCAGAUUGCGUGUUUCACUUUUGUAACUCUUGGUGUUUAUACAACAAAAUCACUCUUAAAGUUUAUCGAUCACAUACACACCAUGGAUUUUAUACCUAAUAACCAGAGUUGCCUAACAAGUAAAAUUUUUUAAAUUGUCAUUAUUUUAGGAAAAUUCAUUUUGUUUAUUGAUAAACAUUUUCAUUUUAAGAUACUGUAUAGUACAUCAAUUAGAUACAAGUUUUUAUUUUUUUAGCUAAAAAUUAAGGUAACACUGAUCUUACAUUAAUAUACAUAAUAUUCCAGUGCUUUCCCUGACAUAGAAAAAUAGGCUUAAAUAAAUUAGUAAUUUAAUGUUUUUAAUAUAAUUAAAAGAAAAUUAAUAAGAUUUUAACGAAAGAAAAAUUAUCUGGCGGUUAGAAAAAAUUGCCUUGCCUUCUAAACUUUGUAGUGCAGUUCUGGACAUUAGGUAUGACAUUUAUACACACAUACAUUUUAUAUAUAUACACACAUACACACACACACACACACACACACACACACACAUCAACCCUGCAGCACAGGCCCAAGCAUGACACCAUCACCCCACCAACCUGUUACACUGUACCUGUCAGCCAGCAACUAAGUGUGGCAUUGUGGUACCAUAGAGUUAUUUUACAUUCAAUUUCAUAUUUCUUUAAUUUCUCAAUUUAUAUGCAUCUUUUUUAUUUAAUUUAUAUACUGUACCUCUUGCAUUAUAUUAUAAUGUUAUAUUUUAUAUAUAUAUACAGUACCUUUCCAAAUAUUGUUGACUAAAUUUUAUUUGUACAUCAGAAUUGUUUAUAUGAAGAAUUGUUAUGUCAUGUUCUCUGAAAAUAGUUUUCUUUUCUUAUUUACAACUCUAUGAUUCCAUAGCGUCAGACAUGACGAGCUACAAAAACUGUAAUAUCUUCUGUGAUGAUAAGUUGCACAAGCUCCAUGGUACUAAACUAUCAAUUGUACUGUACUGUCUUGGGUACCAUUGGGUGGAAAAACAAGUGAGAUAAGAGUGAAAUGCAAGCUUUUAUGCUGGACUUUUUUUCAGUAGUAUAUACAAUAGACUGUGACCAAUAUCUGUAAUGUUGUGCAAGUAUAGCCUUGAACAGAGGUCCCCCGACCUGAGACAUCUUUUUGUGAUAUAUUGUACACGAGAAGCCUUAAGUCUUAUGUAAAAGAUUCAAAAAAUGGUGUGCAGUGAUGGGGUCAUUCCGACUGCCUAUGGCUUACAUAACGUACCAGAUUUGAUGUCUAUGGUAAACUACUUCUCAAACCAAUAAACUGUGUCUUUCCACUUUCUUUAGUAGCUCACACUGUGUCGUUGUUUUGCCUCUCUUCCAUCUUGCGCUGUGCACAAGAUUAUUUUGGAAGAGACAAAGAGAUGGUACUAUUGAAUUUAGUGUUCUAUGUUUUCUAUAGAAGAGAUUUUAAUUUAUUUGCAUUACAUUUCCUGAUAUAUUUUUUUUCUGUUUCACACCACUUUCAUGAAGGCUGUUAUUGGUAACAUUCCAUUGAUGUCUAAGCUGAUUAUUGCCCUUUUGGUAAACAAGAUAUACUCUUGUGAUAUUAUUUUAAUAAUGAGCAAUUCUGAGGCUGCUGGAUUAUUCCAAAGAGCCGAGGUGGCCUCAUGAGAGUGGUGCAUGGGUCAGCCGCGAGAUGGCGUGCGGGGGCCCCUUCCUACUCGCCUGCACCAUCAAUCUAAAUAUCAGAAAUAAUUUAUUUUUGCUCUUUAUGUCAGAGAUUUUAUAAAGAUUAUAUUUAUUUAAAUUUUAUGUACUUGUCAUAAUAAAAGAUGGUUUGUGGGCGAGAGGGCGAGUGGUCUCAGGGAUCCCCCGUGCAGAACGCAGCAAAGACCGUCCAGGGUGCUGACAUUGACAGAGGCUAGUGGGCGUGGCCUUGUGCCGUCGGGGGCACAUGGGCAGAACUCACCUCUUUUUUUUUUCAUGGUGCACUGAAACCUUGUUUAUCCAAAUAUCAUUCAUACAAAUUUCUUCCUUGUUUAAUUGUAAUAAAUAUACAAUAUCAUGCAUUAAAAUUCCAUUAUAUAAUUGUAUUAUAAAGCAUCGGAGACUGUUUCAUGAUUGUAAUGGAAUGCAGACGUUGGGAUAAUCAAGUGUUCUUUGCACAACACCACCGCAAGAUGCCCAUGCGCCCCAGACGCCUGUGUGCGCCCAUAUCAGUCCACCCCGGCAAGCCAAAUCACUAGUCCUUACACACUUUGUUAUUUCGGAGCAUGACUCUCGAAUACCACCAGGUUUACCAGAUUAGUUUGACCCUUCCACCUAAGUCAUUAAAUCCUUACCUGGUAUUACUGAAAAUAUUGGAAUCUCUCGCCUCAUUGAAUCUCGAAAGGUGAUUACAAAAAUUAUUCCUCAUGAAAGAAUUACAAUGAAAGAAACCUACAAAUCAAAAUGAACUAUAAUGUGUGCUAUGGAGGAUUUUUCAUAAAGCUAGGUCGUUUGUAUUUUUGGUAUCUUGUAAAUAGUUGUUGUCUACUGGAGCAAGUACUUAGUAUUUUAAGGAAACUUUUAAUAAAUAUACUUAAAUAA